AUGCUGGCUAUAUUUCACAAGGCGUUUGCCCACCCGCCGGAGGAGCUCAACAGCCCCGCUUCUCACCGGUGCUCGAAAAAGCCGAAGCUUCCGGCGGAGACCCUCGCCGAGUUUCUGAGCUCCCACCCGGAAAACGCGUCAUCGAUGUCGUUUGCAGACGCGGCCGUGCUCGCGUAUGUCCGGCCCGACGGCCGGUCUCUGCUCCACCAGAAACAGAGGUAUAGCGGUUCUGAUGGUGGGGUGAAGUUGUACUGGGGUAUUGCUGCUGAUGGAUCUGUGGUGAUCUCUGAUGAUUUAGAAGUGAUUAAAGAAGGUUGUGCCAAGUCUUUUGCCCCUUUCCCUGCAGGGUGCAUUUUUCACAGUGAGUCUGGACUCAUGAGCUUUGAGCACCCAAUGAAUAAGCUGAGGCCAAUGCCAAGGGUGGAUAGUGAAGGGGUAAUGUGUGGAGCCAACUUUAAGGUUGACUUGUACUCGAGGGUCAACAGCAUCCCGCGUGUCGGGAGUGAGGCCAACUGGGUUGACUGGAAUUCGCACGAGCCAUAA